AUGGGUGUUAGAAGAUCAAGUUCUAGUAUAGCAAGUUCUUCACCAAGUGGGAAGAAAAGUCAUAAGAAAUUUGAUGAAGAUGAAUUUCAUACAGCUGAUGAACAUUCUGAUUUAGAUCAAGAAGAUCAAGAAGAUCAAGAAGAAGAAGCUAUAGAGGAAGAAGAAGAUGAUAGUGAAGAUGAUAGUGAUAGUGAUAGCGAUGAUGCACCAGAAGAAGAAAGCGUAAGAACGGGUAAACAACAAUAUGAAGAAGAUAGUAAAAAACAAAAAGAAUUAAUAAAACAAGAACAAAAAUUAGCUAAACAGAAAAGGAUUGAACAACAAGAAAGAUUUGCUAAACAACAAGAACUUAGAAAGAUAAAAUUAAAAGAAUUAGAAGAACAAGAUUUAUUGAAACAACAACAAGAACAAAAAAGAUCAAAAGAAAAAGAGAUUAAAGAAUAUAAUAAAUUAAUUGAAGAAGAAUUAAUUCAAAAAGAAUUUGAAAAACAAAUUUCUCAACAAGAAAAAUUAAAUAAUUUAAAAAAAUUUCAUAAAAAACAAAAUGAUGUUAAAAAAUUUAAAGAUAUUGGAUUACAAGUUAAAUCAUUAAAAUCUUUAACUCCUGGUAAAAUUGUUAAAAAUAAUAUAAAUCGUGAUUCUUUAUUAAAUAGACGUAAAAAGAAAUUGAAUAAAAGGGUAUAA